AUGCGGCUGUCCUUGCUCCCCAUCCUUGCUCUCCUACUCUCUCAACAGGCUGUCAAUGCCCAGUCCCCCCUGCAAGGCCAGUCUCGGUUCGCCGCUCAGCACUGCUUGCCCGUCAGAAUCAAGUCCCUGGUCGUCUUUGGUGACUCCUUCAGCGACACCGGAAACGUCCUUGAGAUGUCCAAGCACACCUGGCCACUGCCUGCUUUCUACCCUGGAGGUCGUUUCUCUGGCGGUCCCAUCUGGGCAGACUAUGUCGCCAAGGAUCGCAGACUGAACUUGACCAACUUUGCCUAUGGUGGAGCGACGACGGAUUCAGAUAUCGUCCAGGGUUACACGGGUAGCAAGGGUGACUUGCCCGUUCCUGGGUUCAUUCAACAAAUCAACGAAAACUAUCUGCCCAAUCGAUCGCUGGAGGAUAUUGCCGGGAUGGAAUCGACCUUGUUUGCCGUCAGCUUCCAAGGAAACGACUUUUUGUUCGACACGUCCAUCACCACCGAGACCGUGCUCGCCAACAUCGAGAGGGGUAUCCACCAAUUGAUCGGUCACGGCGCACGACACAUUGUCGUGUUUGAGAACUUUGACAUUGGCACCAUCCCUUACUUCCAGAGCAACCAGACGUCUGCCCACGAGAUGACUGCCAUGGCGGAAAAAUGGCACCGAGGUUAUCAAGAUAUGAUGCGGCGACUCAGACGAGAGUAUGGCCAUCCAAGAAGGACUAGAGGAGCCGAUGGCGAGUCGCACGUCUUUUUCAACUGCAAGGGCAACCGGCCCGAGAUCAAGCCGAACAUUGCCUUUUUCGACCUCUUUAUCCUCCUCCGCCGAUUGAACAGUCCUCGACAUCUCCGAGAACUGGGGAUCACAGAUGUGGUUCAUGGUUGCAUAGAUCCGGGUGCUCAGACAGGAUGCGCUGACCCCAAGAGCCAUUUCUAUUACGAUCUGUACCAUUCGUCAACCAAGGUCCACCGAGAGAUUGCCAACGGCUUUCUCGAGAUCUUUUAG